AUGGCCAAUCAGCUGGCUGUUAUUAUGGCGAGUCUAGCCCGCUUAAGGAGAACGCCCCCCUACACCGACAGAAUGCCCUCGGCCCAAGUUUGGAACACUAAAGACGGCGCCGUCUAUACCACCUCCAACGGUGCCCCCGUCAACGAGCCAUAUGCCGCCCAGCGUGCUGGUAUCAACGGGCCCCUCUUGCUUCAAGACUUCCACCAUAUCGACCUUCUCGCCCACUUCGAUCGUGAACGUAUCCCUGAGCGAGUUGUACACGCUAAAGGCGCUGGCGCUCAUGGCUACUUCGAGACAACCCACUCGCUCUCCGAUAUCACUUCAAUUCCCCUCUUCCAAAAGCCAGGAACCAAGGUCCGCGCUACAGUCCGAUUUUCGACCGUGGGCGGUGAAUCUGGCUCUGCGGAUACCGCCAGAGACCCCCGAGGAUUCGCGAUCAAACUGAGGACGGAAGACGGAAACUGGGACUGGGUCUUCAACAACACCCCUGUCUUCUUCUUGCGCGACCCCGCCAAGUUCCCCCACUUCAUCCACACGCAGAAGAGGGAUCCCCAGACUCACUUGAAAGAUAGCAACAUGUUCUGGGACUAUCUCUCCCAAAACCCAGAGUCGAUCCAUCAAGUCAUGAUCUUGUUCUCCGACCGCGGGACACCUGAUGGCUACUUCCACGAACACGGUUACUCUGGUCACACCUUCAAGUGGCUCAAGGAUGAUGGAACCUUUGUCUACACUCAGGUCCACGUCCGAGCUGAUAGUGGCUUCAAGACUCUCGACGCUGACACUUCGGUCAAGCUUGCUGGUGAAAACCCUGACUAUGGCACUCAGACUCUCUUUGAGGCCAUCGAGAACGGAAACCACCCCAGUUGGACUGUCUACGUCCAAACCAUGACACCCGAACAAGCUGAAUCAUUCCGCUACAACAUCCUCGAUCUGACCAAAGUCUGGCCUCACGCCGAGUUCCCUCUCCGCCCUGUUGGCAAACUUGUUCUGAAUGAGAACCCACAGAACUACUUCGCGGAGAUUGAGCAAUCUGCGUUCUCUCCUUCGCACCUGAUUCCCUAUGUCGAGCCCUCUGCCGACCCCGUCUUGCAGAGCAGGCUGUUCUCGUACCCUGAUACCCAUCGCCACCGUCUUGGUGUGAACUACCAACAGCUUCCCGUCAACGCACCCAUCGUCCCCGUCGCCAACUUCCAGCGCGAUGGGCCUGCGACAUUUGUAUCUCAAGUGGACUUCGAACAACCAAGGGCUCUAUGGAGCAAAGUUUGGAACGACGAGCAGAGGGCUGUGUUCGUCAAGAACGUUUCAGGACAUCUUGGAACUGUGAAGAGCGACGAGAUCAAGGCUAGGCAACUGUCCGUCUUCGCCAGAGUUGACCAAAGCCUCUCUGACCGCAUUGCCGCUGCCAUUGGACAUUCUCCUGUCCAACCGCUCGCUGUCAAGCCCGCUGCCGAAGCAGUCAGGUUCCGUGCAAACCUCGGGUUCGCCAAUACGUUCUUCCAGAGGCUGUAGUGUUGUUUUAUCUGACGCACUGUUUUUCUAUUUUCUUUGUUUUCUUCGCCCUACCUUACCCCAUACACCCUCCACACUCGUAUCAUACCCCUCUCUACCUAUUCUCUUUACGUUUCGCAUCGACCUCUUUUGUGUUCACGACACAGGUUCGCGGCGCUCGCCAAGGCUUGAAGAGCAAGCACUCAAGAGUCACACUCAAGUUUACGAUACCCCAAUACGAUAGGGCCUAGGAUAUGAUUUACGUGCGACGUACAAACAACGAAGUGGCCGUGGCCGACGAUUACGAUAGGAUAAGGAGUGGGAGAAAUAUAUCCAGAAUGUUUGAUUGUC